GUAGAUAACAGGAAGCACUUUUUAUUGCGCUGAUAUGAUCACAAUAGGAAUAAGCAGUAUUCAGUCGAUGCAACGUUUGGACGUGCGGACACAUUGUAUACGUCUCAGGUAUUUGUAGGAGCGUCUCUCUGUCUACUGCGCGGCAAAAGCAGGGGCAAAACAAAAGCAUGUGGAUAUAAUUUCAACAAAGAUUGAAUCAGACUGGGAUUGAACUCAACCACUAGCCAUGGGGAUUCGGUCGGCUCAGAAGAAGCAUUUCCCUCUUCGGGGCAUUGAUGGAGUGGUGCAGCUUUUCGAGUCGGAGCUUAGCAACCCAGAACCAGACCUGGCCCUGCUGUCCCUCGUGCUGGGUUUUGUAGAGCACUUCCUGGCUGUCAACAGAGUUGUUCCUGUCAAUGUCCCAGGCGUUCGCUUUGAACCUCUUAAUCCUGACUGCCUCGACUCUUGCUUCCCUACAGUAGAGCUGAAUCUUAUAUCUGCUCUCUACGAACGCUUCACCGCCCAGAUUCUUGGUGCCGUGGACCUGUCACAGUACCGCAAACCGGCCGGCGGAUCCAGCCGUGAGCUGGUGAAAAAGGUCUCGGAUGUGAUCUGGAACAGUCUUAGCCGGUCUUAUUUCAAGGACAGGGCACAUAUUCAGUCCCUCUUCAGUCUCAUCACAGGCACAAAGCUGGACAGCUCAGGAGUUGCUUUUGCAGUGGUAGCUGCAUGUCAGGUGUUGGGCCUGAAGGAUGUUCAUCUUGCUCUCUCAGAGGACCACGCCUGGGUGAUCUUCGGCAAGGGUGGGGAAGAGACUGCAGAGGUCACAUGGCAUGGGAAGGGCAACGAAGACAGAAGAGGGCAGACUGUCAGUGCCGGAAUCACUGAAAGGAGCUGGUUGUAUCUUAAAGGCUCCUACAUGAAAUGCAACAGGAAUAUGGAGGUAGCGUUCAUGGUUUGUGCCAUCAAUCCGUCUCUAGAUCUGCACACUGAUAGCACAGAGUUACUCCAGCUCCAGCAAAGGCUGUUAUGGCUGCUAUAUGAUCGAGGGGAUCUGGAGAGGUAUCCUAUGGCAAUGGGCACUUUGGCCGACCUUGAAGAUCAGGAACCAAUGACUGGCAAGGAAAGCCCUCUCUCCAUUCACCUCAAGGCCGUCGAGUCAGCUAAAAAAUACUACAACAACGAGCACAUAUACCCUUUCAUGUAUCUAGCAGGGUAUCAUUAUAGGCACAGAAACGUCCAAGAGGCGUUAGGUUCCUGGUCAGAGGCUGCUUCAGUAAUGCAAGAUUACAACUACUGCAGAGAGGAUGAAGAGAUCUAUAAGGAGUUUUUUGACAUUGCUAAUGAUGUCAUUCCCACCCUCCUUAAAGAGACAGCAGCUGGUGCUGAGAGUGGUGGUGAAGGGGCUGAUGAAACGGAAAAGGAGGACCCGCCAAGACAAGUAGCUGCUUUGUCUGCCCUUCAGGACCCAGAAUGCUUUGCUCACUUACUUCGGUUCUAUGAUGGUAUUUGUAAAUGGGAAGAAGGAAGUCCCACGCCAGUGCUUCAUGUAGGCUGGGCCACCUAUCUGGUUCAGUCCCUUAGUCGCUUUGAUGCACAGAUCAGGCAAAAAGUGUCAAUCAUCACCAAAGAUGCAGAACCAGUGGAUGACGAUGACCAAUCCAGUGAAGACCUGCGUGAGGGGCGUAGACGGGUCCCGAGGCGAGAAUCCAAGUUAGAUGAACAAGCAGGACCAUCAUCUCCAAGUGCAACAUUGCCUGCUCAAAAUCCAGUGCCCAAAAAGGUGAGCGGAGAAGGAGGACGCAGACGUUCCUCUGCUAGCACUCGAGGUAAAGAGUCUGAUGAAAAAAAUGAGCCCUCGUCCCCAAGUCCCACUCCUUCUCCUACCCAGCCACCGAUAGUGCAGGGCGGUCCGGUGGUGGUUUUCCACAGUGAGAAGAUGAAGGGUAUGAAGGAGCUGCUCUCUGCGGCCAAGAUCAACUCUAGUGCCAUUAAACUGCAGCUCACGGCCCAGUCCCAAGUGCAGAUGAAGAGACAGAAACCCACUCCUUCUGGAGAUUACACCUUGUCCUUCAUGAAACGCCCUCGCAAAACUCUUUAGAAUUACUCGUUUCUAGUGUUUUGUUUUUUUCACUUGUUCACCUGGAGUGAAGUUAAUUUGUUUAUUUUCAGAUUGACUCUUAUCAAAUGUUUUGAUAAGCUGAUGCUGAGUUGAAUUAAAAUCAUUACAAGUUGGAGUCAGAAAACCUAUCAUGCGCCAGCAAUUAUGCUUUUUGAUUUUAAUAUAAAGUAAUUUUAUUGAUUUGCCUUAAUUUUAAAUCAUUACAAUAAGUUCUAUUAGAUAGAAUCCAAAUUACAACAAGCCAAAGUGAUUAUAUUUAGUUUUUAUCAGGAUUUUAGAAAAGAUGCUAUUCUUUUUUUCAGCUAACAUUUUGUCUGCGAUACAGUGAACCUAUAUUUGCUUCACAAGUCUAAUGUGUUGGAAAAAAAUGUUGGGAUUCAGCCUGUAUAUGUAGGUCUUGCACUUGUUUUGUUAUUGUCCACAGAACUGCUGAAUUUCAUAUGUGUUCUCAAUGUUAUAGUGUCAUAGUAAGUAUCCUUUUGAAAAAUGCCAAGUGCAGUGCUUCAGUUUAAAAAAGAAAAACUAUUUUCUUGACGUGAAAGUGUAUUUUCCUCUAAAUAAACAACUUGAACAAAA